AUGGAAUUUUUAGUCUAUUCUAAACUCUUAAAGAACCCCAAGAAUGACGAAUUGUUUUGGCCAAAGGAUAGUCCAAUGAAAAAGACUUCAACUAAAACAAAGGAAUACAAUCCACCAGCAAUCCAAACUUUAACCAAUGCAUCAAAUCAACAAACAAAUUCUAUUGGAAUUCCCAACAAACAAGAAUCUGGAUCAAUAUUAAGAUAA